UUAAACCCUUCUGAUGAUAAAAGAUAAAAGAUAAAUGAUGAGAAAAAACCUAACCAAAUCCAUGAACGUCAUUAAAGCCUCUGCUAGGAUUUAGCAACGUGGGAUUCGCCAAAAUGAGGGCGUUUUACACUCCACAAGCUGCCCAACCACCUUCCCACACGUCUUUCUUCCACAAUCCAAACCACCUCCAUCUAAAGCCUCAGAACUGCACCGUUGCUUUGAACUCCCCCAACUCCAGUACUUCUAGCGCAGCCAUCAAAACUACCGACCACAAUAACCUGUUUAUACAGUCCUUAUGCAAACAGGGCAACCUCAAACAGGCCAUUAAGGUCUUGGCUCGUGAACCCUACCCCACCCAGCACACCUACGAGCUUCUAAUCCUUGCUUGCAUCCACUUGAACUCUAUCUCCGAUGGCCAAUUCGUUCAUCACCACCUCCUUGAUAAUGGGUUUGACGAAGAUCCGUUCUUGGCGACAAAACUUAUCAAUAUGUAUUCGGAACUGGACGCCAUCGAUGACGCACGCGAGGUGUUUGAUCAAAUUCCCCAUCGAACUAUAUAUGUUUGGAAUGCCCUCUUUCGAGCGCUUUCGCUGGCAAGCAAGGGUGAAGAGUGCUUAGAGUCUUAUCGUCGAAUGAAUAAGAUUGGAAUUCCAUCUGAUAGGUUCACGUAUACAUAUGUGCUCAAGGCUUGUGUUGUAUCCGGUUGUUCGGUUUCUCUUUUGAAGAAGGGUAAGGAGAUUCAUGGGCAUAUAUUGCGACAUGGUUAUGAGGCAAAUGUGCAUGUUAUGACUACUUUGUUGGAUAUGUACGCAAGGUUUGGCUGUGUGUCUUAUGCAAAUCAUCUGUUCAGAGAAAUGUCAGGGAGGAGAAACGUGGUUUCUUGGAGUGCUAUGAUAGCGUGCUAUACUAAGAAUGGGAUGCCUUUUGAAGCAUUGGGAGUGUUUAGGGAAAUGAUGACUAAAACCAACGAUUCAAUUCCUAAUUCGGUGACAAUGGUUAGCGUUCUUCAAGCUUGCGCCGCGCUUGCUGCUUUGGAACAAGGGAGGCUAAUUCAUGCAUAUAUUCUUAGGAGGGGGCUUGAUUCAAUUCUUCCACUCAUAAGUGCCCUUGUGAUAAUGUAUGCAAGAUGUGGUAAGCUUGAGCAGGGGCAAUGGGUUUUUGAUAAGAUGGAUAGGAGAGAUGUUGUUUCGUGGAAUUCCUUGAUUUCAAGUUAUGGAAUUCAUGGGUUUGGAAAAGAAGCUAUUCAAGUUUUUGAAGAAAUGAUCCACCAUGGAGUCUCGCCAAGUCCAAUUACAUUUGUUAGUGUUUUGGGUGCUUGUAGCCAUGCAGGGCUUGUUGAGGAGGGGAAGAUGCUGUUUGACUCGAUGAGUAAAGAACAUGGGAUAUAUCCAAGCGUGGAGCACUAUGCUUGUAUGGUAGAUCUCCUUGGACGUGCCAACCGGUUGGAUGAAGCAGCAAAGCUUAUACAAGAUAUGCGGAUAGAGCCAGGAAUUAAGGUUUGGGCUUCUCUGCUUGGAUCAUGUAGGAUACAUUGCAAUGUUGAGCUUGCAGAGAUGGCAAGCAAUAGGCUAUUCAAACUUGAGCCCGCAAAUGCUGGGAAUUAUGUCCUCCUUGCCGAUGUCUAUGCAGAAGCAGGUAUGUGGGACGAGGUGAAAAGAGUGAAGAAGCUCUUAGAAGCUCGAGGGCUUCAAAAGGUCCCUGGUCAGAGUUGGAUUGAAGUUAGAAGGAAAAUCUAUUCAUUUUUAACUGUUGAUGAGUCUUCUCCACAGAAGGAGCAGCUCCAUGCUUUGGUGGUAAAACUAUCAAAAGAAAUGAAGGAGAAAGGUUAUGUUCCGCAGACAAAAGUUGUGCUUUACGACCUUGAUGCAGAAGAGAAGGAGCGGAUUGUAUUGGGUCAUAGUGAAAAACUAGCUGUUGCGUUUGGACUCAUCAAUACCAGUCAUGGGGAACCAAUUCGGAUUACCAAGAACCUGAGGUUAUGUGAAGACUGCCAUUCAUUUACCAAGUUUGUCUCCAAGUUCACGAGCAAAGAGAUUCUGGUUCGAGAUGCGAACCGCUUUCAUCAUUUCACUAAUGGAGUUUGUUCAUGUGGGGAUUACUGGUAACUAUGUGCACUGCUCAUUUUGUUACAUUUGUCAUUUAUUAUCUAAUAAUAGUAUUUAUGAGAUUCUCAUCAUAAUCCAAGAACUUUCAUAAAUGUACAAUACAACACAUGUUCUUUUUCAUAUGAAGUCUGCGAGAGAGAAUUCUUGUUCCAAUUUACUUUGCUCAUUUCAUAUUUGCAAUUGUAUGUGCACUCUGUGUGAAAGGUGACCCAUAAGAAGUUGGUUCUUUUACCAUUGCUAUUACUUAUA